AUGCGCCCGGAGGAUGACAAGAGAAUAGCGGACGAUGAGGGAGCCAGUCCUGCUGAGAGAGUUGCCGCCGCCUGCCGGGAAGAUAACACGGAUGCCCUAGAAGAAGUCCUUACAGAGAUGGAGAGUGGGAAGAAAACAAAUGAGGAAAUUGCUGCGUUUUUUAACAGCGUUACGGAUCCCUUGGGCAAUCAUGCGCUUCAUAUCUGUGCUAUGCAUGGAAGCUACCACGCAGCCGACUUCCUCUUCGAUAUAGAAUUUUUCGAAUGCGACCCAAGAACUCGACUCGACAAAGAAACCCCCCUUCACCUCGUCGCGCGCUACGCAAACGACAAGAGCCGUUACAAUUCUGUCACAGAUGCCAUCACAAUGGUUAAAAUGAUGUGCGAAGCCGGCUGCGACCCGCGCGUAACGAAUAAAAAUGGCGAGACGCCUUCCCGAUUACAGGAUAUGAUUCCAGAGGAGCUGCGAAAGGAACUGAGGCAGGCGGAAUAUCUACUAAAUGAGGGGCUGGGGUUACAAGAUGAUCCUGAUAGUGAUGGCGAUGAUGCGCGGGCGGGGAAUAGCGCGAGUGAUUCUGAGUGA